AUGGAGGUGGCAGCGACGGAGGCUGCAGGGUAUAUCUACUACCGUAGACUUCGGGGCAGCCUGGGCAAGCCUGACAUCUGGGAUGCUCUGACGAGUGCUGAGAAGCUUGAGUUUGUGCCGACGAACCCUGUCCAGAUGCUGCGAGCUCAGACGGAGGCAUGGCACCGGCUCUUGGAGCCACUUAACAUACAGCCUGUUUGGUCAGAGCCGCUCCCGGACGAGACAGGCAGGCCGUGCCUAGAGCACCUCGAGCCUCAGGAGCUGCAGUUGCUCUGCUGCCUGCUUCGCACUGCCCCGUCCGUGUUCCGCAGGUGUGAGGAGCCAUUGAGUCGUAUGCUCCUGGAUGUCGACCCUGCAGCCAAACCCGAGCAAGAGUUGCCCAUCCCUGCCAGAUCUCUUCCGUCUCCUUGCCGAGCAAGACCAAUGAAUGCGGAGACAUGCAUGUCCAUCGAGGAGGCGCUGCUGAAGCCCUAUCCGAUGACCCAGCCCGUUUGGGGGCAGCAGAUGGACUGGGGGACUUGCUUGCACAGCUUGGUGCAGGCGUGCAGGGGGGUUUGGGGGAUUCAUUGGCCCAGAGAAUGCAUUCUGCUGUGUGGCACGGCGGCCGAGCUGCUGGAACCUUUUCGUCUCCAAAAAUCUGCGAAGCACGUCUUGUGUGUGCUCAGCACCGAGACACAUUGGUCUCUAGCGGCUGGUCGACGAGGCCAGAAAGAGUUCCUGAUCAUGGACAGUCUUCAGUUGCCAGCCACCUUGGACUUGGCCGCGGCUGUGGCAGAGCACGCAAGUGAACGUUGGGGGCAGGAGAUGAUUGUCCUGCCUCUCAAGGUGCCGAGGCAGGAGGACUCUUGGUCCUGCGGUCAUCGUGUGCUGAGUGCCGCCCGGUGGGUGCUGAGCGAACGAUGCAGCUCGUGGCCACUGCAGCCCGUGGCCGGCUGCUUCGCUUGGACGGACCCUACGGAAGGUGUCAAGGAGGAGGAGAAGCCUACAGCAGGUGCCACGGAGGACAUGGAGGACGAGGAGCCUGGGGCAAGUGGCAGGGAGGGUGAGGAGGACGAUGCGGACGAGGAGCUGCCACCCAAGUCGGGCCAGAAGCGGGCCAUCGUCAUGGAAGAGGACGACGAGGAUGAUCUGGAGCCAGCAGGGCAGUCUCGGAAACGGAAGCGCAAGCCCACCGCCAAGCAGCAAGCACAGCAAGCCCUCAACGAGGCCAAGAAAAAGGCUGCCGAUGGGGGGGUGACUUUCAACAGGAACUUUCAGUCGGUGCACAGCCGCAACAAGGAUGCAGUUCCGGAGGGGCAUUGGCUGAAGUUCUUGCAGGCUCUUGGCAAGAAGAGCUGCAUGUCUUGUAAGUCGUGCCGACAGCUACGUGACAUGAUCGAGGCUCCUCAUGCCGGCGAAGACAAGCCUCCUCCUGCUGACCAAGUCGUGCCUGUACAGGCCCAGGAGGCUUUGGUGCCUGCGAAGCCGUAUGCUGGACGUGGCCGGCCACCGGCCGGGUCUGCAGUUGCCUCUUUGGAGACAUGGUUGGAUCGAGAGAGGCCCGGCAUCUACACGCACGUCACUGGCAGUGUCUGGUUUUGCCGAGCAUGCAAGAUCGAGUGCAACUUUCAGAGACAGAGCCAGUCCGGUCAGAAGUGCGUCAAGGGCCAUGAAGGUGCAACGCACCUCAGGAUGCUGCGAUGUAUGCAGACUCCGGAUGCCAAGCCUGAGAAGUGCCAUGGGGUUCGUCUCGGCCACGGAGACGAGCCGUCCCUGGACAGGUUUCAAGACUCCAUCGAGUCCUGGGUGAAGGCUGGGAUGCUGCGCACAGUGGACUCCAAGCAUCCCGACAAGGACCCUUUGGAGCUGUGCAGCUGGUGCUGGGAGCAGGAGGUCUUGGUCCUGAAAUCCAGAGCUUGCAAGGGUGACGGCCCCAUAUGUCAGGAGUGCCGCAACACAGCCAGCCGGGCCAUGCUGCACCGAGCCAUCUGCAAAUGGGCCUGCAUCAUCGACUCGGCCCUCCUAGCCAGGCAGGUGGUGUAUGGAGGCCGCGAGGAUGUGUUGAAGGUCAAGGAGAAGAUGCUGAGCUCCGACUACUACACCUGGAAUGACAUCCGCGCCGAGGUUGACCGGUAUGUGGGGAUCGAGGACCUCCUGUCCCUUCUGACGGCGAUCAAGAGGAGGAUGUGCUGCAUCAAUUAUGGCCUCCGAACAAAGGCCCUGUGUGAAUGGUUGGAGGUGAACAUCCAGGACUUGCAGUACACCGAUGCACCCGAGGCAGAGAUGCAGGCCAUGAAGCAGCUCUGCAGCCAGUUCCAGGGCAACAUCUUGGAUGGCAGUGUGCAGAAGCAAGACCUGCAGGUGGCCGCGAAAAUAGCCGCAGGAGGUCUAGCCUCCAAUCGGAUCCUGGGAUGCUUGGUGCAUUCGUUCUUCGAGAUGCAGGCUCGGAUGGAGAAAGGCCACACGGCCCGCACCGGCAGCAGCAAACAUCUCGACAAGGAGACCUUCGACGAGAUCUACUUCAUGUUGGGGGUGUCGGCCCAAUCUAAGGAACUACUAGCCAACUUCGGCGUAUCCUUGGGCCGAAAAGCCAAGCUAGACUUCCAGCACCCCAUGCUGCCGUGGCCCUUCCUCUCCAUGGAAUCCAAGAAAACCCUCGACCACAAUGCAGAUGCUAUCGUGGAGAGGUUGCGGGUGCACCAGACCAGGUCCUACUUCCUGUCGGUCGAUGAGACCUAUUGGCAUCCGAGCUGGCAGGUGAUCUCUGGGUUGUGUGGAGCCGACACUCGGACGGUGAUCGGGGGAUACUGGACCUCAGAUCCUGAGGACUGCUUUGCCAAGCUCUCCAGUGCCAAGGGUUUGCAAGACUCCCGGAAAGCUAGGAUGUCAGUCCACUACACGGUCAGCCGGGCAGACACAUUACAGCAGAGCUACGACGCUUGCAUGGUGCCGGUGAAGGCAAAGGACGGCGAGAAGAGCAGGAACCAGCUGGAAAUAUGUGGACGGCUGUUCGAGGCCUUUGCCCGACGAAAUGCCGACAGCAUACCCAUCGGUAUAGCGUACGAUGGAGGGUCUACGAAUGCAGACCUCUCCAAACUCACCCUGGGCCUCCUCAGCAAGCAGGCUUUGGCUGCAUCAACAUUUUGGUGCAGCUGCAAUUACGAAUCCAUGCAGCUCAAGCACAUGCCUUUCCAGAUCUUGGCGUACAAAGGCAACCCCAUCUUCGGAUCCCAAGAUUCGUUACAUUUCUUGAAGCGUUUUUCGCUUCACCAUUGUUCGGGGACUCGAACUGUGGCUUGGGGCUCCUUCACAGUGGAUUUAAGCUGCAUGCUGUGUCGUGGACUCCCAUGGAAGGCUUUCGUAGGAAGCGACAGCAUGUGUGACAAAGAUGCGGCCAUGCGUCUGAAUGCAAGGUUCCUUCGCUCGACAUGGGAUUGUGCAGGAUGUCAUGUCUAUGCACUCGUGGCAUCCCUUUUGUCCAGCCUGGGCCAGGGAUCUGAUGGGCUGCCGGCGAGCUCGAGAUUCUUCACAGCCUCCAGCUGCUACUACAUGCUGCUCUUGAAUCUCCAGGCGGCACGGCUUCGGCACGGAAGCUCUUGGAAGGAAAGGUUCCUUCCCUUGACAACCAUCCGCAUCGGCAUCAGGGUUUGUGUCCACGCAAUGCAAGUCUGCAUGCGGCUUCCCGAGACUUGCUCGCUGCGGGCUUCCAGGUUCCAGGAGCGGGCAUCGGAGCUUUUUUUCUCGAGGGCCAAGAAGGACUACAGAGGCAGCCCCUCGUGCAGGGAUGGCAUUCUGGGAGUGCACAAGACACACUUGAGCCAACUCAGGGAGGACAUCGCCCCGCCCAAGGUAAAUCAUGACGUGGUGAGUUUGGAGCAUGCGCAACGCCUGCAUGCAGAGGCCUUCGCACAGACCUGCUUGUUUCAGUCUUGGAUCAGCGUGGGAACAACGAGGGCCGUCAUUGCAUCCAACUUCGACCUGUGGUAUCGAACCGAGGGCAAAAAGCUCAUCGUCGGCGCUGCGGGGUCGCAAGACGAUGAGGCCGAGGAGGAGCCUGCAGAGGAGUCCGAUGACGAGGAGUUGGCCAUGGAUCUUGGGAUGCACGAGAGCCUCCCUCCGGAGGAGAAGACCAUGGAUGAGUCCCAGGCAGAGGUUGUUGCAGCCUUGCAUGCCGUGGAGGACCACAAGGCCAUGAAGGAAUGUCUGCUAGCAUUGGCCAGUGAAGAGCCUGCAACGAAGCCGGCAGAUGCAAAAGAGGCAGCACCCGAGGAGCUCAACGGCGAGACGGACUGCAACAGCUGGCGAAAAAUGCUGCAGCAGUGGUCGGAUUCGGAGGAGAUGGAGAUGACCGAUGCCAGCUCCUACCAGGCAGCCCUUGACCGCAUCCACUGCAUGCUGCCACGGAUGAGGGCCUUCAUUGAAUCGAUCAGGCUGCGGGAAGGCCUGCUCGGCAAAGCCCAGAUCCACGGGCAGACCAAGGAGUUGUCUCCGUGGCACAGCCUGCAGCACGAGUUGGCGGUCGCCCGCGAAGCAUCACUGGAGUGCGGGAGUCGGCAGGCCAGAUCUGUUGCAUGGCAGCAGGUGGCUGCCAAGGCACUGCAAGAGACCCAUGGGCCAGGCAUUGCCGAGGGAGACAGCAUCGUCAAGCUACAUGUUUUCUUUACCUUAGCUUCCUUUUCCUUUGUUUUGUUGCAGCACCUGUGUCCGAGGAAGCGGGGAGAGAAGCCGCAGGUGGUGGUCUACGUGACCACCGAGAAAUCCGAGACACGGGUCAACUUGGCUCUCGUGCUGACGGUGUUCCGGGGAGCCCUGCUGAAAGGCAAUGACAAAGCAGCUCGAAAGCUGAAGGUGUCUAAGCCAGCUGUGUAUGCCUUGCCCGUGCAGAGCGUCAGCAAGUGCAGGGUGCUCCACUUGACAGAGACCGGCCACCUCAAGUACUUCGCCUGUGCUUUGAGCCCCUGCGAGCUUGUGUGCCCAGCGACCCGCAUCAUAGGGCACCUGCCAUCUGCCACAUGUGAGAUGUCCGAGAUGAAGAUCCGUGUCAGCAUCACCGAAGCUGCACACCAGCAGAUGCAGGCCCUUCAGGAGAAGCCCGAGCUCCUAGCGGCAGCGCCGAGCACUGCAGUCGACGACGCCGGUGAACAGGAUGGCGUCGCGGAGUUCCAGAGCGAGCAGCAGACGUACAGCGCCUCGGACUUCACAAACUCGAUUGCAGGCUCGCAGAAGAUCACGGCUUUCUUGAGAACGCUGCCUAAGCAGUGGGGCGACAGGGGCGUGCCGAUCAUUGAUGAGCAGAGCAUGGUCAAGGUGCAAGGCACGGAUCACCCCUGGGAUCACAUCUGCCGUCGUGCCCCAGAAUAUCUGGACAAUGUGUACAGCGGCCCGACGAAAGGAUACGGCAAAUUCGUGGUUGGCCAGCUUAUGCAGAUCAUCCCCACAGGGGACCUCCAAGGAGCGAAAAAACGCUUGAAGGAGAUGCUGGUCAAGCUGGUGGCCAACAGCCUGCCAGUGCCCAUGCCUCGGCCGGAAACCGCCGCCACGUCAAGAGUUGAACUGUUGGGUUUAGUCUGA